CUGAAUCUGGAAUCCCAAAUGUCGUGAAGAAGGUCACUUUGGACGAAAAAUCGGCACUAAGAAAGAAACAGCGCACGUUCAGCCCAUCUGCGGGUGACGUCUCAUCAAGUGACUCAAAGCCUAGCAUGUGGGCCACUCGGACAUUCCCUUUCCAUCGCGCUCGAUCUGGUUCAGACCCGACUCGCAAACGCCUGGGAAUGCCCUCGUUUGGAUGGCCCAAGCCGGUUGCUGCGAGCACUUUGUCACCCAUGACGUCGGACUCGACCAUGGAGGACAGUGACGGAGAUAGCGACCAUAUCUUGGUACCAUCCCCAUCCCGGAGGCGUACGGGCCUUAUGACUAUCGCCGAAAACUCGGACGACAAUUCAUCGGCCGUCUCAUCAACUCUACGAACUCACAGGCAUCCGGUUAGCAGCGACGCUGAGAAUCCUCGGGAGGUGCCUCUCCGCUGCCAACCUACUGCGACCAAGUCACAAUCGACAUGGAAGCCUAUGCCAAAGCCUCCAGUACGGUUGAGCCGUAAAAAAUUGCCUUCGCCACCACUCUCUGAGGUCUCGCCGCCACCAAGACUUUCGUCACCGCUGGGACCGGAACGUCAUCUUUUGCCUCCCCGCCCAAGAUUUCCUCGUUCGAUGAACUCGAGAUCAUCUAGCGAGUUGAGAUUUGGAAAGGAUGGUAUGAGGAUACCUAGUCUUGGUGAACGGGGGGCUGCAGCCGAUAUGUAUCGACGUGUCCUCCUGCGGAGUGCGCACUUUGCUGCUAGGAAGAGGGAAUUGGCAAGACUGGCGAAAAUUGCUGCUCAGGCCAAUCCCGAGGAGGUCUAUGUCUUACGCCUGAGUGACGAUGUCAAGGGUGGAGUUGUUGUGGUCGCCGAAAGUACCAAACAUAAACAAGAGAAACUAGACAAUCGUAUGGACAUCGUUGAAAAGCAGGAAGAAGAAGAGCAAAGCGAGAAGAUGGACGUAGACACGCCCGAGUGUGGUGACAUCGAGUUGCUACCAGAUAUUCCUGAUAUGGAUUUCGAAGAGGAUCACAAGAUGGUGUCUGCGAGCCCUUGUUGA